UACUCCAGUUUCUUCGCAACGUUUGGUUACUUGUCACUUUCGGCGGUUGUUUCAACAUGGCGGCGGCAGCUGAAACAAGAAACGCAAAAUCUGGGAUAUUUUGGAUGGAGAGUGGAGUGGAUGAAGUGGUCUCUUGUAAGCCAGGCGCCAUGACCAUCUCAAGUAAAAAAAGCAACAAAAUGCAAGCCAGACCCACUUCUGACUGCAAGAUUGAUGUGCCAUUAAAGAGAGGUGGCAAAAAACAGAGCUAUUUACAAAAUGAGCAAUGUAGUUCUGAUGUUAAGGAAAAUGCGUCAGCCUAUACCAGUGCUUCUGUAACCACUGAGAACACCCUUUUCCCAACGCAAGUAUCACAAGUUAUAUUUGAAAGUAGCAGGACACACAGCCAAGUCAGUCUAAAAGACCUCGGUCCUGAAGACAAACGACGCAUUGCGAACCUCAUUGAAGAACUAGCCAGAGUGAGUGAGGAGAAAGAAGAGUCAAUAAAGCGCCUUAAAGAUGAACACGAUAAUUUUGAAAACAAGAUACAACAACUGGAGCAACAGAACCUGGUUAUAGCACAUGAAAGAGAAAGCCUCCAGCAGCAGUACAGAGAGUGUCAGGAGCUGCUUGGGCUCUACCAACAAUACCUUACUCAGCAGCAAAUAAAGCUCAACCAGUCCAUAGCUGAGCUUAGCCAGGCACAAACUGACUACAAGGUGCUGAGCAGUGAUGAAGCCAUUAGUAAAACUACUAGCCAAGCUAAUGGGCUACUGUUUGAUGGGUCGUACCUGAGUCUUGCUGCUACUCAAACACAUCAACCUCAAGUGCACAGGAGAAGUAGUGGAAGAAGAGGAGCCUCGCAAGCUGUCAGUAUUCCAACACCCGCUUCCUAUUUUACUGAGAACUGUGCAACUGAUGCUGGUGUGCAAAUCAGUGAGCAUCGGAUUCAGACACGAGAAUCUGGUUUGCAGCACUAUCAAGGGGCUUUCCAAGACACAAGCUAUAGCACCCAGCAGGAUAGACUAAAUAGCCAUUCCCUUGAGAAAAGCUGUGAGAGCACCUUUAGCCAAAGUAACCGUGGAGGGAAUGACCUGGCCACUGAGAAUAAGGAAACGAUGACCAUCCCUCUACUUGGUUGUGGGGACUGGGAGGAGAAGAGGCACCAGCUGCUUCUACAGAAGAUGCAGCUGGAAAUGGAGAGAGAGAAGUUGCAGACACGACUGGCUGAUCAGGAGGAGCGGCUCAGCAGACAGAAUCAGCAGCUGUCCCAGUCAUGUCUUGACUGCAAAAGGUUUCAAGAAGCAUGUCAGUCUAAACACUGCAGCUCAUUAGCUAACAAUGGAACAUCACAGCCAGACCCUCCCCACAGUCAAGAUUUCCCCUCCAGAGAGAAUCAUCAUGCACAACAGAGCUUGCGUGACAACUUUUCACAAACUGCCCCGCUCAACAAAAGUCUUCAUUUUUGUGAUGCUACAGUGCAAUCAAAAAAGGACAAAGCCACAUCCCCUGUAGAAUUCAUUGCAAGCCCUGCGGAGCUCAGCAUGAUACCUGUGACUCAAAAGACAUCUGGAAAUCGCUUCAACUGUUGGACAGAUGACCUCAAGUUCUUCUGAAAAAUAUCUUGAUGAACCUGAGAAUUCAUUUUUCCAUUGAGAAUAGCAAGUUGUCCAGGCCCUGAGGUAGAAAGGCACACCAAUACUAUGAUGCUCUCACCACAAUACUUCACAGUUGUGAUAAGGGUUUUGAUGUACUGUAGGUGUGCUGUGCCAUUUUUUUCUCCACACAUGGCGUUGUGUUCCUCCCAAACAAUUCAACUUUGUUUUAAUUUGUCUGCAGAAUAUUUUGUUAGUAGUACUGUGGAACAUCCAAAUGCUCUUUUGCAAACUUGAAAUGUGCAGCAAUGUUUGUUUCAGACCGGUACGGCUUCCUCCUUGGUGUUCUUCCAUGAAUCCAAUUAUUGUUUGUUUUAGUGUACAUAUGGUAGAUAUGUCAUCAGAUGUGAUUUAUUUGCGAGUGAUUUCUUUGUCUUCAGCUGUCAGCAGCUAUAGUCUAGUGCUCUUUUUUUUUUUUUGAACCCUCAUUGAUUUAUUAAUAAUUUUAUUUAGUUAUUGCACAGUAUUAGCAAACAAUACAACACAAUACACUACAGUACAAGGGUCCCUUCAUUUCAGCAACUCAGAAGGAAUGGGCAGAAGGAAAAGCUGCUUGUUUUGGCCCAUUCCGACCCAAAGGAAGGUUCUUGUUCUUUCCAUUAAAUACAAAUUCCAAAAUUUUAAAUUUAAUUACAGUAGGUCCAAUAUGUUUAAGAUUUUUAUUUGGAACAUUGACAAUUCUACGCUGUGCUCUUGCAGUCAUCUUUACAAGAUGGUCACUCCUUGGAAGAGAAACAACAGUGCUGAGCUUUCUCCAUUUCUAGACAAUUUGUCUAACUGUGGACUGAUGAACAUCAAGACUUUUACAGAUACUUUUGUAACCUUUUCCAGUUUUAUACAAGUGUAUAUACGGUAUAAAGUCCUGACCUCAACCCGAUUGAGAUGCUGUGGCAUGACCUCAAAAGAGCUAUUCACAACAGGCAUCCCAGGAAUCUUGCUGAACUGCAAUAUUUUUGUCAAGCGGAAUGGUCCAAAAUUCUGAUCUGGCACUACAGGAAACGUUUGGUGGUGGGCCAAAGGAGGGUCAACCAGUUACCAGUGAGGAUAAGCGGUUGUUUGUUUGUUAAUUUCAAUAAAAAUAUGAACACAUAAUUGUUUGUGUGGUAUUAGUUUAAGCAGACUCUGUUGGUGUAUCCUUGUGCUUUAGAUGAAGAGCAGACCACAUUUUGAAUAAUUUAUGCAGAAAUUUCAAGAAAUUCCACAUAGUUGACUAUUUCACAUACUUUUUCCUCCUACUGCAUAAUGUGUGACAUGUUCCUCAAGCUAGUGCAUGUUCUGUAUGAUGUAAAAUUUCAACGCGCUCCAAAGAACUAUACUGUAGUACAGAAAAGCCUAGGCUCACAUUUUAAACAGGGUUUUGCAGAGUUUCCAUUUUCCAGGGUAAAUUAUGAUGCAUCUUAGUUCAGCUAAGUUUUCGGCUGUGAGAUGCUAAAUGAAGCUUUUACUGGGCUAGCUAGCACUGCGGCCAGCCUGUCAGGAGACAUGCUGCGUUCCAUUAGUCCGCCUGGCAGGGACCUUGCAGCAGGUGUAAUUGAACAGACUUCUGGAUGCACACACUGCCCUCCCUCCUUUCUCUGCAACAGUAAUGAGACAGAGAAAGCAAGAGGCAGCCAUGUAAAAAGUAAGUUUAAAGGGGGGAUAAGGGUGAGCAGGAAAAAUGCAAGGCACAAAUUUGAAGCAGGUGUAAAAAGGAUCCAAAUGGAAUUUGUGUGAAAGAUCUAAUAAGGAUGUUGAGGGCAGGUGCCAUUCAAACAGCAACGUUACAAAACGUUUAAUAACUUUUUUUUCCUUUGAAUUCAUAAAUGUCAAUAAUUUAUCUUUGUGAAGUCUAUUUAUCUGUGACAGUGUUAAAAGCAGUUGCAAUAUGUGUGUGUGUGUAUUUAACACAUCAUCAUUUUUCUCACUAAAUAUGCUUCCAAAGGUGCUAUUGACCUGAAAAUUUCACCAGAUGUUGGGAACUACCCAAGUAAUCCAUACAUACAAAGAAGGUACAACAAAUAAGAUUAGAAAUUAAGUUGUGUGGAAAAAUGUGAAAUGACACAAGAAAAAAGUAUUGAACCCAUGAAGAAACGGAGGUGCAAAAAGGCAUGCAAAGCCAAGACAACCCCUAAAUAUCUAUCAAUAACUAAACAGCAAUCCAGCCCCUUGUCAGUGCAAAUGAAUAUCAGCAGGGUCAGUCCUAAUUUAUGGCCUACAAAAAGGUCUCAUUGCCAAGGUGUGAGUCAAUACAAAUCUCAUGAUGGGUAAGGGCAGAGAGCUGUCUCAAGACCAUCACAAAUUAAUUGUUGCAAAACAUAACGAUGGCUUUGGUUAGAGGCGCAUAUUUAAGAUUCUGAAUGUUCCAGUGAGCACGGUUGGGGCCAUAAUACGUGAGUGGAAAGCCAAUCAUACCACCAUAAAUUUGCCUCAAUCAAGUGCUCCUUGCAAGAUUUCUGAUAGAGGAGUGCAAAGAAUAAUCAGAAGAGUUGUCCAAGAGCCAAGGACCACCUGUGGAGAGCUUCAAAAAGACCUGGAAGGAAAACAAGGAAAACGGUGAGUAAUGUACUCCGCGUCCAUGGCCUGUAUGCACGCGACACCCCAUUGCUGAGGAAAAAAAAAAGCAUGUCAAAGCUCGUUUAAAGUUUGCUGAACAACAUUUGGACAAGCCAGUUAAAUACUGUGAGAAUAUAGUCUGGUCUGACGAGAACAAAAUUUAACUGUUUGGAUGCCAUCAUGCACAUGUUUGGAGGAUAAAUGGCACUGCACAUCACGCUAAAAACACCAUACCAACAGUGAAGUUCAGAGGUGGGAACAUGAUGGUGUGGGGCUGCUACAGCAAAUGGUACUGUGGUAAACCUCACAUUAUUGAAGAAAGGAUGAAUGGACAAAUGUACCGAGACAUUCUUGACAAAAAUCUGCUGCCAACUACGAGGAUGAUGAAAAUGAAACGAGGGUGGACAUUUCAUCAGGAUAAUGAUCCAAAGCAGACUGACAAGUAAACUCUCAAUUGGUUUCAAAGAAAAAAUAAAUAAAGCUGCUAGAAUGGCCCAGCCAAUCACCUGACUUGAAUCCAAUUGAAAAUUUAUGGAAAGAACUGAAACUCAAGGCUCAUAAAAAAAAGCCCACGGAACCUUCAAGAUUUGAAGACUGCUUGUGUGGCGGAAUGGGCCAAAAUCACACCAGCGCAAUGCAUGCCACUAGUUUCUCCAUACAGGAGGCGUCUUGAACCUGUCAUUGCAAACAAAGGCUUUCAUACAAUGUAUUAAGUAAAUACCAGUUAGCGUGUUCAAUACUUUUUCCCUGUGUCAUUUCACAUUAUUACACGCAACUUAAUUUCUGAGCUUAUUUUUUCUACUUUCUUUGUAUGUAUGAAUUAAUUGGGUUGUUCCCAACAUCCGGUGAAAUUUUCAUGUCAGUAGUAUCUUUGGAAAUAUAUUUAAUGAGAAACAUGGUGACGUUAAAUACUUAUUUUAGCCACUGUAUGUGUGUGUGUGUGUAUAUACACGCGCACACACACACACUAUAUAUACAUAUUGUAUUUGUCCAAAUUAUAGUUAUUGACAUGCCAUGUGUCGAUCUGUACUAUCAGAUUUUCUCAAAAUAAUUUCAGUAUUGACCUUGCUAGGUAUUAAGACAUACCUGUUCACUAGCUGCUGUAUAUGAUGUGCUUCAAAAAUGGGUGCAGUUAACUCCAGUCACAAGUCUCAGACAUUUCCAAAGACAUACACUUCUAGGCCUUUUUGAGGCUUUGCAGUCACUCUGUAUCUCUGCUGUAACCUGCUGAUGACACUUUGUGACACUCUCCUCAGUGGCCACGUCUUCUGAGAACAUCCUGUUUGAAGCCUUACAACGCCGAGGUAUUCUUGAUCAGUUGGGUGUCGUCUUGUUCUCGUGACGUCGAAAUGUGAACAGCAUGAAAAAGACUGUUUAAAUACCAAUUAUAAUUGAAUCAGGAAAUAAAAAUUACUGAAGGACUCAACUGUUGGACAUGUGCAUUUACAAGUUUGCAGAAGGUCAAAUUAACUUCACCUGUAAAGGUUAGAGCGUUUUUGGUUCAUCUUGAAAUUUAACACAAAAUGAAUAUCCCUCCCUUUUUGGUAAGUGUAUUCUGUACAUUUUAUGUUCACAACUUUCAAUGAGUAACUACUAAACAAAGCAAUGAAUGAGCCACAUUGCGUUUUGAACUCCAGCAGAUGCCUAUUAAUUCAACUUGGUGACCCAUGGUAUAACAGCUUGUUACUACCCUUUUGCACCUCUAACUCGUAAGCUAAGCAAAAUAAACAACAAUACUGUGAUAUUGCCUGUCUAAAUAAAGGUCGUCAAGUCAUCAUGUUAUUGCAAAAUUCAGCAUGGCCCCGGAUAUUGUGACACUGCUCGGUGAGGAGGAGCUAGGAAAUAUGAAUAAAGGUGGAUGAAAUGAUGCAGCUCACUUGAGUUAAGACAAUUCAUUUUACAUGGUACAUGAAGCUACUUUACGUAGCAACAAUGUGCCCCACAGGGCCGUCUAAUCUCAAACCGUUCAAUCUUGAUGUGCAAAUUGCCAAACAAAGCUUGGGUUAACAUGAAGUGACCUUAUUAAUCCUUUCAUGAAUCCUCUGCCAGUUAGUAAUGAGACAGUUCCGUCGGACCCGCCCAUCGCAUCUCCAUCUUGCCUGCCAUUAUCCGCUUGCUAUUGAUUGGUUGGGAAAUUGACAUGCGGGAUAUAUGCUUUGGUCAUUAUAGUUUCCCCCCCCCUCUAACUUACUGUUUGGACUGCAAAUGAAUAAGGGCACAGGGGUGAGACGGCUAUCUUUAAUGAAAGAGUGCAGUGAGAGUUACAAGCGAGGAUGCAUGCAGAGCAGUUGUGUGGACAUAUUUCAAACAAAAUGUGAGGAAAUCUGUUUUCUUUGACUUUAAAGGUUACUGGGUGGCAUGGUACACAAGUGUUUUGCACAUCUGCCUCACAGUUCUGAGGCUUUCCCUCUGCUUGUGUGAGUUUCCUCCGGGUACUCAGGCACAUUGCAAAAACACGUUUCUUGGAUUCACUGAUCACCGAUGACUCUCUACUCUCUGCCCUUAGGUUUGAAUGUUAGUGUGCUAGUGCUUGCUUGACAGAGAUUCUUUCAAACCGUUAAUUUCACAGCGGAACCUCAGUGGUCGAACCCCGGUUCCUAACUGACAUACAUGUGUAACAAGAAAUUAACCACUGUAUUAAAAAUAUAAUGAAAUAAAAUUACUCUUCCUGUGGUGAAGCGUGACAGACAGGUCGCAUGGAGGUAGUCUUACUAAUUGCGGCUCACUUAGCAGUGUACAUUCUGUUCCUCUUUCAUUAUUGAUAUGGCCUUUCAGCCAAAUUUUACUGAGCAGCCAGGGCAGACACGUGCUCAUUUCUGACUACAUUGACUGACAAAAACAUCUGUUCCUGCUUCUGCAGAUUUACUUAUUUAGUUAUUUUGCCAGAAUGUAGGCUGCAGUGACAGAUUUCUGGAAGUCCCUUGAGGUAUAUUGUCUGGCUGAACCUCUAAGUGUAAAGUCACCAAGUCUCUGUUGCACAGUUGAAGCCCUCUGAAUCUCUCCUGCAUUCUUUUCUGCCUUAUGCCACCCCUUCACCCCACCCUCGCUCCACCACCACUCCGACCAAACUGUACCCCCCACCCCUUGUUAUAGAUUGUGACCGCUGUUAAGUGAUGCAUUAUUCAUUACCAGCAUGUCGUUUGUUGAUGGAUGGCUGUUUGAGAGCCCUGUCCGUUAAAUAAAUCAACAAAUAAAAAUGCAAAUUCUCACAUUUCGUGAGACGGAACCUAGCCAAAGUUCCCUCCCCCUCGUUCCACUCUGCCUUCCUCUCUAUCCACAAAGCUGCAUUUGCUUUCCAUCUCUUAAUUUCUCUCCUUCUCUUGGCCAGUCACUCUCACUUUUGCUCACUCUCUCCUGCCUGUUGACAGGCAGGAAACCAAAUGAGGAAAAUACAUUAGGUUACUUGCGGUCCCAUCUCUCGCUGUACUUUUAAAAAUGUAUUUAUUUUUACAGUUAUCCUCCCUCGACUGACUUGACCCUCAUAAGCUUUCUCCAGUCACUAAAACAGGUUCACACGUUAGUUCAAUUUCCGACAGAAAAGUUUCAAUGCUUUAUGGGUACUUCUUAACCAAGUCAGGAAAUGGCCUUCAUGAAUGUCUGUAUGAGCAUGAGCACAAGUUCACUUUGAGUGGAUAAUCCACCAAUGUGUCUCACCAGCCAUUUACAGUACAUGACAUUACUGUAAGUCCAAGGAAUGUUAUGUUAUACAGUACAUGCAAACCCAAAUUCCAAUUAAGUUGGGAUGCUAUGUAAAAUGUAAAGUAAAACAGGAUAUAACCUGUCACAAAAGUACAAAAGACAAUUAUUUAAUGUAAAAUGUUAAAACAUAACAUACGAUACACGCUACCUUUUAAUCACAAGUGACCAGCAUCUGGCAGCUUGCCAAUAAGUUUUUAAUUUGUGUUACUUUGUGGGCUGCUCGUGCAUGAAAAAGCAACAGAGACAAGUGAAAUGUGCGAAUGACGUGGUAAUCUUGUCUAUAGAUGAAUGCAACUGAAAUGACUUUAAAAAAAAAAGAGAAAGUUGUUGUUCUCUGUGGCCGUGUACUAAAUGAUCCACGGCAAGUGCAUGCCAAACGUGGUCCUCACCUCGGGGAGCUGUGAGCAGCGCUGCAUGUGAUGCAAAUGGAUUUGGCUUUAAACGAGCAGAGAAUUAUAUUAGCAACUUCAGUGGAGCUUUGAAGAAUGCAUGUUUUGUAUUUGGAAUGGUUGUCCUUCCAGUGUGUAUAUGUUGAAUAAUUUAUCAAGCCAGACGGACUGAGGGAUUGAAUCUCUAUUAGCCUAAUCUUCUUUGUUUUGGUUUAUUUAUUUCACUGCAUAUUCGCUCAUUUCUAUUCCAGGCAACAAGGCACCAAGUUCUUUGUCCCUCUCAUACCGACAGGAAACUGUGUACUUCUGUUGGAGUACAAUGGUGGUUUUGUCUUGUUAAAGCCGCUUGUUAGGGAUCAGUCCAUAAUUCAGUAAUCAGUGUAAUGAUUUGCUUUUAUAUUAAUGGUGUUAAUAAGCGGAAGGCUGUUAGCAAUAGUUUAGCACGUACUUCAUGUAUAAGAUGGCAUUUUUUCUGCUUGUACCUCAGCUUGCUCACAUUUUGCUUAAGUUUAGUCUUUGUCUGGUUGUUUCCUGUUGUUUGUGCAACAAUGCCGCAGUCCAUUGGAAUCUGUCAGGCUCUGUUUUAGCUGGAGCUUUGCCCAUGAAAUGCCUCUGCAGAAAGACUACUGCAUAUUGAAUUAAACAACAGCAACAUUCCUUUUCUCCUUCCUUCUCCCC